CCCUGUGUCCAUGUCCCCUGUCCAUAGCGUGUCCAUAGCAUGUCCCAUGUCCAUAGCGUGUCCCUGUGUCCAUGUCCCCUGUCCAUAGCAUGUCCAUAGCAUGUCCCAUGUCCAUAGCGUGUCCCAUGUUCCAUGUCCCGUGUCCUGGCGCGUGCUUGGCGCGUGCUGAGCGCGCUGCGUGUUGCAGGCGGGCUGCGUGCACUUCCCGCACACGGCGCCGUGCGACGUGCGGGUGCUGAUGCUGCUCUACUCCUCCAAGAAGAAAAUCUUCAUGGGCCUCAUCCCCUACGACCAGAGCGGCUUCGUCAACGGCAUCCGCCAGGUCAUCACCAACCACAAGCAGGUGCAGCAGCACAAGCUGGACCAGCAGCGCGCGUUGGGGGGCUCAGCCCCAGUCCCUGCAGCCGCCUCCUUCCUGCCCAAGCAACCGGGGGCCCUCCCCGUGGCCUCGGGGGUGCAGCCGCAGCUGCCGGGGCAGCAGCUCAGCCCCGGUUUGGCCUCGGUUGGGAUCAUGGAGGAGCAGCAGCGGCAGCAGAGCCUGUUACAGCUCCGGGCCCAGCAGCAGGCGGCAGCCAAUCAGCAGCAAGCUCCGCCCCCCGCCGCCCCCCCCGCCCCCCCCGCGGCCCCCCCCCCCCCGCCCCCCCCCCCCCCCCCGGGGGGCCUGCCCCGCCCCCCCCGCCCCCCCCCCAGGCGGGACCGACCCAAAGCGGGGCCGCGGGGGGGGCCCUUCUGCGCCCCCAAAACCCCGGAGCCAACCCCCAGCUGCGGAGCCUGCUCCUGAGCCAGCAACCGGCGGCCGUGCCCCCCCCCGCGCAGGCGCUGCACCACCUCCCGCAGCCGCUGCUCCCGCACCAGGGCCUGGCCCCGCUGCUGCACCCGCCCCCCCCCCGCCCAGCCCUGGAUGGGGCCCCCCCGCGCGCCCAUCGCUGGUCAGAUGCUGCUGCCCCCCGGCCCCCCCCGCGGGCCCAUCCCCCCCCCCGGGGCUGCCCCCGGUGCAGGCCCCCAGCGUGAUGGAGGAGGACAUCCUCAUGGACCUCAUCUAGGGGGGGACCCCAAAACCGGCCCCCCCGGACCCCUUUGGGGGUGUCCCCCCCCCGGUUUUGUUCAAAGGGAGGUUUAUGCUCAAUAAAUGGCCUCAAAAUUGGGGGCUCUGAA